AUGGAUCGCAACGACGACGACAGUACACAUGAACGGCCGCGUAGAAAUAUUAGAAAUCCGUACGAUUCAAGAGAAUGGUCUCUUGAUGACCCUCCAUUGACCCUCGAGGAGGAACCACACCAGGAUUCCGACAACGAAUCAACUCAUACAUUGCCAGUCCGUUCAACGUACACCUUUCACGGCCAAGUUUCAACCGACCAUGGCCUUCGCGCCACUAUCUACGGAUUGGCCGAGGGGCAACGUGCCAUGCAGAGGGAUAUUAACCUCUUAAAGCGCCAGCUACUCUGGCUUAUCAAAGGUAACCAGAGGUUACACCGCCGCCUGCGUGGGGCGGAGGUAGGUGCUAUUGGCAGAGGUGCCGCAGCCGCUGAUGUUGGGGAGGCUGUCACACGCAACCCCCUCAAUGCCCCCAUUGCCAGCCUUCGUCAGCUUGAGGAGGUAAAUAUGCGGCUAAUGGACCCCCUGUAUCGGCAAAGACUGGUAAGACGUUUGCUCCUCAUUAAAUUACACGUUAAGGUUGCAUUCCUCUCAAGCGUGGGAGAGCGGAACAUAGAAGAUUUUUUCUGGAGACUCUUCCAGUCGAUUUUCGACGAUGAUAUAACCGUCAGAAGAUUUUUUAAAGAUUUCUGUAAUACUAUUUUUCUAAUAAAACAUAUUUCUAAUAAUAUAUCAGCCGGCUUUGCCUUCAUUUCAUUGUGGGGGGUUCGCUCGCAUUGCGCUAAAGGUACCUACGUUCGGUCGCCCUCUGCCGCGACUUUUCGCUACAGAUUCCGCCGCGACAUAGGUGACAAAAUCGCGCAUAAUUCCGGCCUCAAAAUGCUCGACAUGUCGCACCGGAUUCCACGGUUGAUUCCGGCGGGAAAUGUCACUAGGGACGUUUACAUCUAUAUUUUUCAGAUGAACCCAUUUAAAUUGAAAAAAAUCGCUGACAUGAAUCCAUCAGAAAAUAAAGAUACAAUUUAA